AUGGAAGUAGACUCAGAUCCGCCCUCAUCGCCGAUCCUUGGUGCAGAUGCGCCACAUGACCGAAACUGGAACGAGGCGGAAAAUAAUACAACAGUUGUGAAUCAAGCAUUUGAGCUGCCUGAAGCCAAAACAGUCAAGCUGCGCAAGGUCCUGCCACCACUUGAUAGCUCCGAAAACUUUGGUCGAUGGUAUGAGGCAGUUCUCACUGUCUUGGAACCCCAAAAUCUGCACAAUUUGAUCAACGUUGAGAUUCCUCGACCAUUCAGAGAUGAUACCGACGCCAUAACAUGGUACCUCAUUUCGCAGAAGGUGGCAACCUUUCUGAAAGAGUCAGUGGAUAGCGCACUGGUGAAAGCGAUCUUGGAUGGCAACGCUUGUGUUUUUGCCGACGAAUUCAUGGCCGCUCUCAAGAAUCACCUGCUCGGCAAGGGCCACAGCACCAUCCAAAACUCGGCAUUCGAUGUCUGGGAGGCUAAACGCAGUGACUACGACACAACCGGGGCUUUCCUCAGAGCAAUGAAAAGAAGAUUGACGCGUGGUAUGCGGCAUCAUGCAGUGAAGCCCUGGGAUGCUUACAUUGUGGUGUCGCGUGAACUGAGUCAAUGGCCAGAAGUUGAGUUGGCUAUCUACAGAUACAACUGUGGCACCUCAAAGUCGCAGUUACCAGAUGAUGUCACAACUGCAGACUUUGAUGAAUUUUGUCGCUACAUCACGGAUUGGAUGGAUAGAUUUGGUUAUCACGACUCCAGCAGUGAUGAAGACUUGUGA